GAGGCCUGGGGGGCGAUGUCGGUGGAGGGGGCCGGGGCCGAGGGCCCUGAGGAGGAGGAGGAGGAGGAGGAGGGGGCGGUGAUGGUGGAGGUGCUGCUGGGGGAGCGCCGCUUCCCGGUAAGCAAGAGGAAGCUGCUGGAGCAGAGCGACUUCUUCGGGGCCCUCUACCGCUCGGGGAUGCGGGAGGCCGAGGCCGAGGGGGGCUCCGUGGAGGUGCAGCGGCUGCGAGGGGGGCUGAGCCCCGAGGGCCUGGAGAUGGUACUCCAGUUCAUCCGCACUUCCCGCCUCGAGGAGGAGGAGGAGGAGGAGGAAGGCGAGGAGGAGGCAGCGGGCCCAGGGCCGCUGGAGGCGCUGGUGGAGGCGGCCUCCUUCCUGCAGGUGACCCCUCUCCUCCGCCGCCUCCGCUCCCGGCUCCGUCUGCCCAACUGCCUCCGCCUCCUCCGCCUGGCCCAGAUCUACGGCCUCGGAGACCUCCAGGAGGCGGCCCUGGACUUCAUGGCGGCCCGCUUCCACCAAGUGCUGCGCUGCCCCGAGGCCCGGCCUCCUCCGCUCCUCAGGCAGCAGCUGCGGGAGCGGCGCAUGAGGGGACCCUCCGCGCUCUUGGCCCUCGGCUCCUUCCCCGGGGAGGCGGCAGAGGCGGAGGAGGGCGCCCAGGGCCCCUCCAUGCUGAGCUACGAGGAGGGGCCCCGGCGGUGGGUGGCGCUGCCGGGCUCUCUACCCCCGGCCCUGGGCAGCGUCAGGGGCUCCGGGGCGGCGGUGCUGGACAACUACCUCUUCCUGGCCGGGGGCCUCCGCCUCACCAGCCACGAGGUGGCCGCCGCCCACUGCUACAACCCCUGCCUCCGACAGUGGACCCCCGUGGCCCCCAUGAACCAGAAGAGAUCUAAUUUCAAGCUCUUGGCUGUUAGUGGAAAACUGUAUGCCAUUGGUGGGCAGUCCGUCUCCAACGUUGAAUGUUACAACCCUGAACAUGACUGGUGGAGUUUUGUGGCAUCACUACCAUCCCCCCUUGCAGAAUUCUCAGCCUGUGAGUGCAAGGGCAAGAUUUAUGUCAUGGGAGGCUACACUACCAGAGAUCGAAAUUUGAAUAUCUUGCAGUACUGUCCCAUCUCUGACAGCUGGACUAACUUUGAAGAAUGUGACAUUCACAUCCGCAAGCAGCAGAUGCUGUCUGUUGAGGAAACUAUAUACAUAGUUGGAGGAUGCAUCCAUGAACUGGGAUCAGACAAAAAAACUACCCAGAAUGAGGACAUGUUAACAGUGCAGUCUUUUAAUAUUGCCACCCGAGAAUGGCUCUACCUCAAAGAAAACACAUCAAAAUCUGGUCUUAAUUUGACUUGCACACUACACAAUGAUGGGAUUUAUAUACUGACUAGAGAUGUCACUUUGUCCACGAGCUUGGAGCACCGGGUUUUUCUGAAGUACAAUAUAUUUACAGACAGUUGGGAAUCAAUUAGGCACUUUCCAACCUUUGGACAAAACAUCUUGGUCUGCUCUGUCUAUUUGCCAAAUUUGAUCUGAGUUAUAGAGAAAUCCCUCCCUCCAGUCAUCAUUUGUGAAGAGAUUUCUCCCAAGAGUCCACAUUCUAAGAGUUGCCAUCCUUUCCAUAUUGACCAUGUUGGCACAUUUAUGUUGUUUUUGCUGUUACUACUACUGCUGCUGUUGUUAUUACUUUGAUUUUGUGCCAGGAAUGUACAUAAGUGCUUUGCAUUGUAAAAAUUUCUUGUUUACAAGAAAAAGACUGCCUCCCCUCAGGUCUUUCUAAUUGAUAACAGAGGGUAAAACAACAAAUGGAGAGGCAGUGUGCACAAAGGCAGCUGCAGGUAUUUCAGCUUUGCUUUUGUUUAAUUGCUGGUAAAGACCAAAGGUCUGAAAUGAUAGCUUUGUGAAGCAUAUGCAGGAAUCAGAAUACAUCACUCCUGCCAACCAGCUGCAUAGCAGGCAGGACUUAUUCACACCCAGUAAUGAAAGUAAUGCUGUCAGUGAUGGGAGCUGUCUGGCAGGUGCAGCAAAGACUUUGGAAAGAUCUGGGCCCAUGCAGACAGGCCAAAAUAAAGUUGCUUCGAGCCACUUUGGAGGUAUGCUAUUUAAAUGACACACACAUCUUAAGAGGCCAGAAGCUGUGCUCCAGUCCUUAGGAUUGGAGUGUGGCUUUGGCAUGGCUUCUGGCCUCUUAGGAUGCAUGCAUCAUUUAAAUAGCAUACCUCCAAAGUGACCCAAAGCAGCUUUAUUUUGGCCUGUGUACGGGCUCACCUAUUUAUGGGCUGAUUCAUUUUAAAUAUGAAACUCUGCAAUAUAUUACUGCAUGAGUAAUCUUGGUGUAAUUAAAGAGGUUUACCUGCAACAUUUGGGGUGUAUGAGAGACUGCAAAUCAUUUGGGAGGCAAACUUCACUAUGCAUGUAAAUUCCAUGUAUAAUCUACAUUUGGCAGUCAGAAGUAAAAUAUUGUUGCACUAUGCAUCCACACUAAAAGUGGUAUCUUCAAAGCUGAGUUCUGUAGAAAAUGAGAGAGAUGGGAGUAUACAGAGAGAAAGGAGAAUGGGCAGAGUCACAUAAGAUGCUAAGAGAGUUCAGGAUACUUGAGGCUGUGGUGAUAGAGGAGCAAGGGUCAUGGGCAGAGCAAUGAGGAAAUCCUCUGGGAGUAUGAGUUUGAGAGGGAGGCUGCAAGAAGAGGCAUACAGAGAUACAAGGGAGGAGGGCUCUUUUUUGUGUUCUUAGGGUUGCACUGCCACAUGAUACAUGAUCAUUGUGACAGACCCAGCUUUAGCUAUGUUUCUGUCAUGCCUGGUGUGGCCUUUAAUAGAAUAUAUUUCUGUAUUACUACAGCUUUACUCUUUUGUUUCACUGUCUUUUCAGUGUUGUUUGUGGGUUUUACUUCAUUCUUUCCUAAAAACAACUGGCCAUUCCAUUAUUCUUAGAUUGGAUGUGAGAAAUCAAAGAAAAGGAAGCAAACUGAGCAAAUACCCUGUAGAACAUAGAUGUAAGGACAAAAGAACGGAGCAGCUGAAUCUAGUAGAGCAUCUCUUCCUCACAGUGGCCAUGCAAAUGCUGCUGGGAAGUCCACAAAUAGAACAUGGAGGCAAUAGCGGUCUCUUGCAUUUGUUCCCCAACAUGCUGCCUUUGAUCCUAGAGGUAGCACAGAACCAUGACAAUGAGCCACUGAGAUGCUUUCAGAAAAAUUAUUUUCUCCUUGCUCCCCAAACUGAAUAAAGCUGAAUCUUGGGUCACAUUGUCUCACAGGGGUCAUUACAGAUUAGUAUGCAUAUAAUAUUUCUGUCACAAGUAGUGGCUCUUUGCCAAGCGUGACUUGUCCCUACAUGCCUAUGAGCUUAAUAAAAACAAGCUCCAAUUCACCGAGUCUCAAAAGUUUUAUUAAGGUUUUAUAAAUGUCUACAAAACAUUUCACUGUCACCUGCAAACAGCGUAGAAGGUUUCUAGAAGCUGGACUGUCAGAUUAGCCAUCCCUUGCUCCAAUGUAGAAGUCUCAAGGGAAUUGGAAGGAAGGUUUGAGAUACCUCUCAGUUCUCAACUAGCUCACAAAGCUUCACUAUUUCCUUUCUGUCCCCUUUCUACACACACACACACUCACACACACAUACCACCAAUAAAUCAGCUUAGGAAAGUGAACUCAAAUUGAGUCUUGUUCAUGUGACAGAAAAGACUAAUGUUCCUAGAGGUAUUUGUGUGAUACAUGGUUCCUUCAUAAGCUUUUCAUAGAUGCUCACCUGAGGCUCUAGGUAUGGCGUUGCAUAUCUGAAUGCCACUCCAUGGGAUUACAGGAAUCUCUUUGUAUGUAUUGUAAUAGCAUGCAAGAGGGAAGGUGAAGCAUAACCUUUCUCUGAUAUCCCAGACAGAGAUAGAUAGGUGUAUAUGUGUUUUACAUGCAAUAAGUGAGUGGAAAGGAAGCAUUCAGUCAUAGUUCUUUCUUUCCAACCAGACAGUGAAAGCUAUGACUUCAUUCUGACACAUGUAGCCUGAGGUCUAAGGCAAUGAUGCAGCCACAUUCCUGAAACUAAGCAGGUCAGUGCCUGGAGGGGAAGCUACCAGGGAACCUUGCAUGCCACCUCAAGUUCUCUAAAACAAAGAUGGCAAAUAAAUAAAAUACUAAAUAAAAUACAUACAUUUAA